CCGCGCCGGCAGCCGCAGCCGGAGCCGCCGGGCCCGGCCCUACCGAGGCGGGCAGCCGGCCGGACAGGGCGGCCGGGGGGAAUCUCCCGCUGCCCUCGGGGCCGGGAAAGGCGGUUUCGAGUGAAAAGACCCGAAAACUUUUAUCAAGACUGUUUGAAAGCCAUUUAUGGAAAAAGGCACUUGAAGCAAGGCCGUGGGGCUGAAGAGCACAGUGACUGCAAGGAGAAGGUGGCAGGGAGACUGCACAGAGUAAACAAUGGAGUCAGACAUGAAAGUGAAUGAACAUUUCAAAAGCCAGUUUAAGGCUUAUCAAGAACAACAGCAAAGACGCCUGCAAAAUCUAAUGGAGAGGAAGAAAAAGCAGAACAGUCAGAAGGAUGAUAAUGGCAAUGCAAAGGAGACAUUUGGAAUCCCAAAUGAUCUAAACCUGUUUGAAACAGGACAACCUGUAAAUGAAGAUGACAGCAAAAGGUUGCUUGAGGUUGAGAACGAGCAGCUCCAGGAUCAGCUUCGAGAGGUCCAAGAUGAGAACUGCAGACUAUACAAACUGAUGACAGAGAAAGAUUUUGAAAUAAAGCAACUCCAGAAAAAAAUACAGGAGGACAGAUUGGCUUUGUCAGGGACGUCUGGUUUAGCUGGAGAUGUUGCAGCUACUAAAAUAGUUGAAUUGGCCAAAAAGAAUCGUGAGAUAAUGGCUGAGACUGAGAGUGAAAAAGCCAAAGUGAAGCAACUGAAUAACAAAGUCAAAGAGCUGGAGAGAGAACUACAGGCAGCUGUAGAAAAAAUACGUUCUCUUGGUGGUGAUGCAAGAAUCAAGCAAUCAACUCUGAAGAUGACGGAAGGAAACUUGGCUGAAAGUCCAGAGGUGAAAGCGUUGCAAGAAAAAUUAACCACAGCCAACUUUAAAGUGAUAGAAUAUCGUAACCAACUCCAAUCUACAAAACAGGAACUGAGAAUGAUCCAAAAGCUUUUAGCAAAUGAAGUCGGGGAAGAUGUGAAUAUUCAAAAUCUCUUGACCAAUUCUGGCAGCUGGCGUGGACGAGCCCAGCAAAUUCUUGUUCUCCAAAGCAAGGUUCGAGAGCUGGAGAAUCAGUUGGGUCAAAACAAGAGCAGAACAUCACUGAGUGAGAUUGAUGAGGAAUUGCUGGCACUUAGUGAUCCAAGGAAGUUGUCAGCCCAAGAGAAGAACUUGCUGAAGAUUCGCAACUUGGAAAAAGAAAAGAAAGAAACUUUGGAGAAACUCACUGGGGAACACGAUGCUCUCCAAAAAAGUCACGAGGAAGUGAAAAAAAAAUUUGACGCAUCAAAAGCCAGGAACAAGAUAUUGUGCUGUGAAGUGAAAACCCUGAAGGGACAGAUCAUAACCUUGCUGGAGAAAGGAAAACACGACGAUGAGCUCAUAGACACCUUGCUGAUCCAGCAGAAGCAAAUGCAGGAGAUCUUAAAGCACUUGAGCCAGCAGGAUGAGAAGAACAAGGAGUCCCAGCAGAUGCUAGGGCAGCACUUGAACAGUGAGGUUCAGCAACAAAACUGCCUUAUAGAGAAGCUCAGACAGAUGGUGGCUGAACGAGAAGCAAAGGUUCAAGAGCUGGAAGAGGAGAUUAGGCAACUCACACUUCAGAAUAAAUCUGCCCAUCAAGGAGACAGUUCAGGAGCUGAUACACCACCUUCUGAACUCUCAGAAGAUCCUGGUUUUUCUCUGCUUAAGCCUCUGGCAUCAGGCAGCAAUCAGGUUGGAAGGAUUGGAUCUGCUCGCACAGUGUCCAAGAUGGGCCAUACACUUGUAGAGUCGGCAGCUACUAAGCCUUCCCUUCUCAGGAAUAACAUCACACCUGGAAGGCUUACUGGCACUGACAGCCCGGAUUUGAAAGUGCUGCAGACGCAGAUCACAGAGCACAAGGCGCUCUGCCAGGCUGCUGAAGUAGAAAAAGACAGGCUCCUGGAACUGGUCACUGUGCUGCAGAAAAGGGUGGAGGAAGGCAGCAAUAAAGUCUUGAAAGCUGAGAAAAGGCUUCAGGAAGAGAGGCGGCGACGUGUCAUUUUGGAACAGCAGCUUGAAAAACUGCAGAUGGAUCCAGGGAGGAACACAGGUGCACAGAAACCUCCCCUGAGGAGCAAAACAGGCCAGCCUGUGAGUCACUCAAGACUCACCGUGAAUGCGAGUGAUAGACAGGAGCUCUCUGUAGCCCAGCUUUCUAAGUUGCCUCUAGAAUCGCAGGUCGAGGAGCUGCGCACAAGGCUUGUGAUCCAGCAGGAUGAGAACGAAGCGCUGAAGGCUGCUUUGGAGACUACUGUGAGAAAGAAAGAGGAAGAUUUUAAACUGUAUCAAGACACAAUGGAUCAAGUGAAGGAUAUCUUUUUACAGGCCAUUCAGCAGCAGAAACAAGAGGAGAGUUAAACGAGAUAUUCAGAGUCCUUGGGCUGCCAAGCAGGGAGAAAGCCCAGGCUUUGUGCCCAUGAAUUGAAAUGCACUGGCAGUGUAGUUCUGCAGCCUCAGAUCAUGUCAUUUCUUUAGCAUUUCCAGAAGAGAUUGAGAGAUGGAGGCAAAUACAAAAAGAGUGAAGGUUUUGCAUGUCAGCAAAUUCUGUCUGUAAGAGUUAGCAGCUGGCUCUGAGAUUGCACAUGCUGUACGUUGGUGCAAUUUAGGAAGCUGCAAUUCUGCAGUGUGAUUUUGGGCAAAACCUCCCUGGUUUCAACAGUUUUCCUCAAGAGGGUUUGAUAUUCAAUAUGCUGCUGCCUUUAUGAGCUCUUGAAGGAAUUUUCUAUACAGAAGUUAUGCCGGCCCUCUUCCAGAGCCAUGCCAGGAACAAGCAGAGUUCUGUUUUUAUCAGCACACUGAUACCUGUCUGUCUCAGGCUUUCUGUAGUACUUAAGUGCGGAGGGGGAGGAUUAGCCUGGCCUGUGAAUAGCUGCAAGUGAACUUUGGGUGGGCUCCACUCACCAUUCCAACCAAUGUUUCUUUGCUCGAACAUAUUGGCAGCAAAGUUUUCUGCAACUCAGUGGAGUUUCCACUGAAAAGGUAGACUGUGCAGAUUACCCCUGCUGUCUGUCAGAUCUACCUUAAAUCUGGCUCGUUCUAUAUGAAAUUCACCAUCCAGGUUACGAAAUCCCUCUUUGUGGUUCUCUGCAUUCAUCUGUCAGGCAGGUCUUGUUCUCCCUAGGAAGAAACGCUAACAAAAUGCAGGCAGAUCCUCACUGCAGUAGUGGUGGGACUUUCAGAGAUGCUGAAAACCCUUGCAUCUCUGUCCUCCUCUCUUGCAGCAUGGUGAGAACAUCAAGCGCAAGCUAAUAAGGCAUUGACAUGCAGUCUGCCAGCAGAGAGCUAGCCUUGGGGAUUACAAGCAAGCAGAGAGCUAGUCAUUUUUGUAUAGUGCCACUUUGUUUCUUAGUUGAAAGUCUUGAAAGCCCUUCCUUUUCUGCUUGGCUUUGUCAGCCUCUUUUUGCGAGUGUGAAGUUUGUUAGACUUUAACCCCAGCCACUACCAGCACAAAGUGGGUUUGUGGACAGGCAAACCGCUGCUCCCUUCCCUGGCACGGGGAUUGCAUCCUGACACCACUUGCGCUGGGAUAAGGUGGAGUGAAAAAGAGAGCAGAACAGGAGUUACUCCAGAUUUGGUGAGGGUGGUGUUAUCCCCAUCUUUUUUUCCUGUUUAGGUUCAGGCCUGUCUGUCUCUUCAAACAGUUCACAGAGUUGCUGAUGGAGGAGGUCACGGAGCUUAGAGUAAGCUCAGCACCUGAGAGUUAACCCUCCCUGUACUUAUGAGCCCUGCUCCGCUCCUUUGGCACUGGCCUAUAGCCCAGCAAAGCCAUCAGGUGUCUUGCAAAAAGUGGGACCAAAAUGGUUCACUGCCAUAUUCCUCCUUCUUUCCCUGCUGGUAGCAUCAGAGGAAAAGGCAUCUUGCAACCCACCAUUCUCUCUUCCUGCCAACCUGAGGAAUCGUAAAUCCUGGAUCGAGAGACAGACACAGUCUCACCCAAGUGAGCUGUGGUUUGUUGCUGUUCAGCUCCAUCCCGAUGAUUACGUCGCAUGGGGUAGAGCAAGCAGACCAAAGAGAAGAAACCCGCCCACCUCUGAUGGAUACUUUAAGGACCAGCAGUAGUGAGCGGAUCCCCUUGAAAAGCUGCCUGAGCUGUGGCAGAGCUGAGGAGGUUUUGUUACGCAGUGGCUGCUAAAUUCAGGCUGGUAGCUUGGAGCUGGAGAUUCUGAUUUCGCUUACACAGAAGUGUGAAUCAAUAAUAUUUUCACGUAGGUAUGGGAGAGGCAACCUGCUGUCCUUUCUAAUACACGGUCAGCGUAUACACCACCUGUCCUGCGCUGAAGCAGUGACGAUCGUACCACUCUCUAGCAAAGCAGCUAUGAAUCAACCCAUGAAACAGAUUAAGAAACGGGGAGUGCUAUAUGUUACAGAACACAUAUGGCUCACUAGCACAUGGUGCAAACCUCAAGUGCUGCAACACUAAUUUCUUUAAACAUAUGCUUGUUCGGGGUCGUACAGAAGCAUUUUCUCUGUCUCUUUUUCUUUUUUUUUUUUUUUUUUCCCCUGCACAAACACACAGAGAGAACCACUGGACACCUUGACAAAGAAGGAACUAAGACACUAAGUUUCUUUAGAGAGCGCAUACCUGUAAGUAACUGUUUCUCGUGGAAAUGUGUGAUCUGCCUCCUGUCACAGAGUAGUGGGGGCAUCUGAACACAGGCCAAGUUGUCCAAGUCUAAUCAGUGUUCACCUUAGUUUUGAAAUAAAUUCCCUCUCCACUUCCACAGAGACCUGCCUUUGAAUUCUCUCCAUUCUGACUCUUGCAGCAACUUCCCAGUUUUCAAUGUAUGAGAACGAUUGUCUUGCAGUGCAUUUCAUUUUGUUGCUGAAUGUAAGAAACAAACCUAGUUCAGCUGGCUGCAGCAGCCCUGUGUACCUCAACCCAUCCCUCUGAGAACAAAACUGAUGAAAAUACUUUUCCCACUGCCUGUGAGAACCCAUAGCGCUGGUCCUCUGUCAUAGAACCUCCCCAGCACGCCUGAUAUGCUUUUUGAGCUCUGUUGUUUUUUUGGGGAUGUGGCUGGGCUUGAUCUGAAACCUCCUCAGCCCCUUGUUUUCUUUGGAAGUUUGGCCCCAUGGAUAAUUUCCAGCCUGUUAAAAUCCCGUGCUUCCAUUCUCAUUUGAAUUUCUCUGGCUUCAGUUUGCAGCCAGCCAUUGUUAUAUCUUUCUUUGCUAGAUAAAACCGGUGUGAGUACCCAGCAUUUCCUCACUGGGACAGCCGUCAUCCAGUGCAAAGUCAUGUCACAGCUGCUUUUUGAUAAGCUGAGAGUUUUUUUCAGUCUCUCGUAGCUAAUAGUGGUGACAAUGCUCAGCAGUGCUGGCACUGGCUAGUGGCUACAGUUAAGCUGUGAAGAACAGUGUCAGGUUAAUUUUGCUGCGAGUAUUUGAGGCAACAGACGCUCCUUGGUAGGAUUUGGCCAGAUUUUGCCUAACGUAUGCUAAGAAUAUGAGUCCUCCAAACACCUAGGCUGAGCCAAAGGUUGUCUGCUACCCUGGAGCUGGGCAGAGCACUUCCAUGACGCAGCCAUAAAGUGCCUGAUGGAUGUAUCCGAUUUUAAAAGUACAGCUGAGCCACUGGGAAUAAAUGACCUUUAAUGAAUUGUCAUCGUUUUCCUUUUGGGCUGUUGAGUGGUGUCUACCUGCAAAGAGCAGGCAUUGCAAGAGCACAGCUUUCCAAACUGGCCGUAAUGUGAAUUAAGUUGCAUUAGUGGGGUUAAAUAUAGACAGUAUCACCACAGCUGAGCGCUCCCCACCCUGAGCUCUGCUCGGCCAAGGAUCAGCCAGCAGAUCAAAUCCGAUCCCACUGUAACAGCUCCAAUUUAGAGCUGUGGCCUGGGGCUGCGGGUGGCUCAUGCCCUCCCUGAGGCUCCAAAGCAGGACAGAGGUGCGAGGAGGAAACAGAUUUCUGUCCUUCACCGUGGGUGAAAUGGGGAGGAAGCUCGUGGCAAAGCGGAACCAAGUUGGAAAUUGCCAGCAGCUGCUACUGCCCUGCAAGCUGUGGGGCCCUUGCCCCAUACAUGACAAAAGGAACCAGGUUCAGCUUUAAAUGGAAAAACACUCCAGCAGAGCCCCCAUGCUCUAAAUUAAGCCACGACUGAGCCAAGAGGGGUAUUGGGUUUCCCCCCUCAUCCUCUCCCCUCCCAGCCCAGCUCGGGAGCCAGCAGCUCCCGCGGGACAGGGUGGCCUCACUCCACGAAUGCCACCUCAAUCCCCGCGCAUCUCCACUUACAGCUCCCAACCGUGUCUGCAGGCGGGGGGUGAAGUCCUGGGCUUUCCAGCGGCUCCUUUGUCAGCACGGAUCCAUGGGACACAGCAUGGCAGUGAGGGGGGGUCAUUCCACCGUGGCGUUGACCUAAUCGGGGCAUUUUUUUCAGGAACGGGGAGAGAUCAGGAGGAGAGGAGCUGAAGUCAGUGGGCUUUGAGAUGAUGCUGGGUUGUCCCUGUCAGGUGGUGGGAGCCUUCUUUAGAGUCCUUCCCCAGGGCAGCAGGAGGCCUUGGGACCUUUGAUGGGGUUGGUGCAUGCCAUGGGGGACAGGCAGAGCCAUUCUGGGGGUGCUGAGAGGGGUGCAGGGGGUGACCUUGGGUGGAUCAAUGGAUGGAUGGGGCACACAUCCUCUCCUGAGCAGCCAUGCUAGCAAGGAGGUGCAUUCUGCAGUCCUGAUGGUGCUGGCAUGUUCCCAGUGACACAUUUGUGUGG